CUAAGCCCUGCCCAUCAUUUACUGCUUCGCGUUUACUACUUCUUUUAAGACAUCCAUCUCCAGCUGGGACCUUAUACCACACAACCGAAUCCUGAGGAAAGCAACCCCCGACUUUCAGGGUCUCAAAUCAUACAAUCCAGACUACAUCACCUUCGCCUCGAGAGAAUCCUCAAUCUGUUCAGUCUAUACGUCCUCACAAACACCUCAAAAGAGGAACUUACCUUCUACACCGUCCCCUCUUCCAUCUUUCAUCCAUACACCCACACCCACUCCCCCGCGAAAAGGCGAGAAAAGAAUAUGACAUCCGCCACCUCCCUCCCCCGGCCCCCCGCCACAUCAGAGCCAGGCAGCAACACCCCCCGUGGCCGCCCCCGGACAGACCUCGAGCUCGCGGGCGAGGCGUGGCGGUUCGUCAAUCGGCAGGUGCAGAAGGUCCGGGAUCGGCGGGCGAAGAAAGCUGCUUCCGCCUCCGGAGGUUUGAAUGGCAAGGGAUCGAGUCAGGAGGAUGCUGCUGCUGAUGAUGAUGAUGCUGGGUCUGUUUUGAGUGAGGCGGAGACGGUCGUGGAGUCUGUGCCUAAAGGAGAGACGAUGGUUGAGAAGGGGAAGAUGGGAGCUUAGGAGGGGGGAAGAUGGGGGAAUA